AGCCAGCGCCACCCAAUUUGUUAUGAAUAUCAAAAAUUUUGUGAUCCUCGCUGGCGUAGUGGCACGAUGUACAGAUGGUCCACAUCUUAUCGAGGGCCGUGGGUAUCAGCCACCAGGUGAAGUAGUUCUAGAUCAGAGAGCAUGUGGCACCAUUCUGUGUUUGUAGACUGCAGACAGUGAGGACUCCCCUACCUGCCUGGCCUCCUCACCUCAGAACUUGGGGCCCUCUGACAGCAAUUCGUAGGCCAGACCAGUAUGGUCCUCCUCUGCAUGUCCACCAGAUGACCCACCUACCAGUCUCUUUACCAUAUCUGCGACCUCAUCCAGCAUGCUCGUUCGCAUUCCUCCAUACGUCCCCAUGGAAACUGGACCCAAACAAGAAGGCGGUAGUGGAGAAAGCGGUGGAUGGUCUGAAGGAGAAGAAGAACAAGGUGGCACCAUCUGAACGAGAGGAGCAGUCUGUGGUCCAGCCCAAACCUUCUCUGGCUGCUCGUGCGAAGGAAGUGGCGCUCCACUACUUCAAUGGCUUUCGGCUGCUCGUCCUCGAUGUCAGAGUGGCCAUCAGACUCCUGCUCAAGACGAUGCAGGGCCAAACCCUCACUCGUAGGGAGAGAAAACUGUUCCGUCGGACUGUGGCUGAUAUGUUUCGUAUUGUCCCAUUCUCUGUCUUCAUUAUUAUUCCGUUCAUGGAGUUUCUACUGCCAGUCUACGUUUACUUCUUCCCCAAUGCUCUCCCAUCAACAUUCCAGAGCUCCUCGUCCAAGGCUGACCGGAAGAAAAAGGAACUGAAGGUGAAGCUGCAGAUGGCAAAGUUCCUGCAGGGCACAGUGGAGGAGAUGGCAGUGACUGGACGCAGGAACAAGAAGGAAGCUGUUCAGGAGUUUGCUAAGUUCUUUGAAAAGAUCAGAGACAGUGGGCAGCAAGCCUCCACCAGUGACCUCAUUCGGUUCUCCAAACUGUUUGAAGACGAGCUGACGCUAGACAACCUCAGUACACCCACCUUGAAGGCCUUGUGCCGCCUCCUUCUCCUCCAACCCAUCGGAUCCUCAAACUUCCUUCGCUUUCAGCUGCGAAUGAAGUUGCGGCAGCUGAUGACAGAUGACAAGAUGAUCCAGAAAGAGGGGGUGGAGUCCCUGACGGUGGCUGAGCUGCAGGCAGCCAGUCAGGCGAGGGGGAUGAGGGCCCUGGGAAUGCCAGCAGACAGGCUCAGGUCACAGCUGUCCCAGUGGUUGGAGCUACAUCUGAGGCACCAGGUUCCUUCCUCACUGCUCCUACUGUCCCGUGCCCUCUACCUCCCAGAUGACGUCCCCAACAUGCUACAAGCCACACUGUCUACAUUACCACAACCCAUUGUUGAAGAGGCAGGAGUGCGUGUGGCAGACUCCAGUGGGGAGACAGUGGAUAACAAGACAAGACUGGAGGUCAUACGUCAACAGGAGACACUCAUUAAGGAGGAGGCUGCCGAGAAACAGAAGGAGAGAGAAGAAUUGGAGGCUGCAGCAGCUCCCACGGAGAGCAUGGAGGACUCGGCUCCUGUAGUCCAUACCACAGUGGCCACACCCACUCCCCCUGAGGAGGUUCUGGACAGUAUAUCGGCGGCGGAGCUGCGCGACCUGAACGAGGCAGUGGCCAGUCUGAAGGGAGAGCGGCAGUUGGAGGAGGAGAUACAGGAACUGAAAGAGGAGAGGGAGGAAUACAGGGAGGAUGUGGCUGAGCUGGCAGAGGAAAGCCAAGAAGCUCAAGAAGCUCUGAUGGAGUCCAAGGCAUCGGUGAGGCUGGGGAAGAGAGUGGAGGACCUGAUAUCACAGGUGGACAGCACCUUGUGGCAGCUGGAGAAGGAUAUAGUGUCAGGAGAAGGGCAGGACUUGUCCAGUGCCCAGCCCAACUCGGAGCAGGUCAUUCCAUGUGAAGAACUGGAACAGGCACUGACAAGACUCAAGGAGACCAGUGGAGAGGCUAAAGUACGAAGUUUAGUGUCAGUGCUGGACCCAGACCAUGAUGGAAAUAUCAACAUCAGAGAGAUUGCAGAGGUAGUAGAGAGUCUGGCACAGGAAGACACGGACAUUCAACCACAGCACAUUGCUCUCAUCAAACAUCUCAUAGAGAGAGAGGCUGAGGAAAACAGCCCCACUAGUCAAUCAUGAUUGUGCAGUCAGUAAUACACUUACAAUAAUAUAAUUAUGACAGUGCAUAAUAAUUUUAAACUUACAUCUGAAAAAUUGCUCUAUCAUAAUAAGAAGCCAUUUGUGUAUAAAAAUUAAGAUCUAAAAUCUGCGGUGAGCAUUAAAUAAAGAAUACAUGACUAACGGCCACAGACAUCACAUGUACUAAUAAUGGAAACAAAAAUGUUAUGGAGCUGGAGCACUGGUCUAUGAUAUUAGAGGUGUAGGAGAGAAGGGAGGAAGGUAGGGGAGAGGGGGUGAGAAUGGGCUGAGCUCAUGUUAGAGCGUUUGGACAUGCUAUAUGUGACUGACUGAUCUUUUCCACUUGAAAACUUUGCGCAGCCACCCCUGCCCACUCUGUGAAUGCUGGGCCCCUGAGUGAGCUCCAUAGUUGGUGCUCAUCGUCAUUCUCUCAAUGGGGUGAAGAGUGUUGAUCUCUUCAAACGCCUUCAUCUCCAACAUCUCCUCCUGCCACGGCUGAGACACAGCCCCCGUGGAAAACUUGGCAGCAAACUCGUUAUCAGAACCAUCCAUCUCCACUCCCUUCACUGAUGAGAAAGGAUCAAUGUCCAAUACGUCUCUAGCAUACACUGCCUUCUCCUUAGGCAUGAAGGGAGGGUCGACUUGACCAGCCAGUAGGUGGCUCCAGUUAAUGUACUGGAAGAAAGGGUGUGCCUGUACAGUGGAGAAACCUCCAGGCCCACAGCCCAGUCUCGCGGAGCUGUCCUUGUCCAGUAGCUGUGAACAGAAGAGUUUUGCGUCGUCAGUGAAUUUCGCAGUGUAGUGUUCCCUCUCUUCCUUGAUGCGCUGCUCCACGUCGUCUCGUGUGACUCUCUCCUUCCGCUGUCUGAAGGGACACUCUCCAUGCACCAUCUCAUACACCACACACCCCAACCCCCACCAGUCCGGCUGGAAGGUGUAGCGAUGAUUGCCAAUUACCUCAGGAGCC